UUUUCGGUUCCCUUCCCGCAACUCCACCUCCGCCAUAAAAUCAACCGACUGAUUGCUCACGACGAUCGAUCGAUCGAUUGAUUUGAGUAGAAGAAGAUGGGUGUGGAUUACUACAACAUAUUGCAGGUGGACAAGAAUGCUAAAGACGAUGAAUUGAAGAAGGCUUACAGGAAAAUGGCGUUGAAGUGGCAUCCUGAUAAAAAUCCUGACAACAAGAAGGAAGCUGAGGCCAAUUUCAAACAGAUUUCUGAAGCUUACGAUGUUCUAAGUGAUCCCCAGAAAAGAGCAGUUUACGAUCAGUACGGCGAGGAAGGUUUAAGAGGGCAAGUUCCGCCGCCGUCCGGCGGCCGGCCUGGCGGCGCAACCUUCUUCCAGACAGGGGGUGUUCCAAAUGUGUUCAGAUUCAAGAAUGCUGAAGACAUCUUUGCAGAGUUCUUUGGAUUCUCGAUCCCAUUAGGAGGAAUGGGCGGCAGCGCCGGCGCCGGCGCCAGCGGUGGUUCCACAUUUUCCGGCGGUUCGAUGUUUGGGGAUGACAUCCUCAGCUCCUUCGGAGACAGCCGACCGGUCGGCGGCUCGGCCCUGAGGAAGGCCCCGCCGAUUGAGCAGAAGCUGCCGUGCAGCUUGGAAGAGCUGUACAAGGGAACUACGAAGAAGAUGAAGAUUUCCAGACUGAUUUGUGAUGCCAGUGGGAAGACCAUAACGGUGGACGAGACUCUCACCAUUGACGUUAUACCAGGCUGUAAUAAGGGGACAAAGAUCAUAUUCGAAGAAAAAGGGAAUGAGCAGCCGAAUGAAAUUCCAUCAGAUUUGGUGUUCAUAAUCGAUGAGAAGCCACACGGCGUGUUCACACGUGACGACAAGAAUCUUUACUUCACGCAGGAGGUGUCGCUGGCCGAGGCAUUGACAGGGUGCACGGUCCAUCUAACUACGCUCGAUGGAAGGAAAUUAACUAAACGCAUCAGUGGCGUGAUCGAUCCGACUUAUGCGGUGACGGUGCCGGAUGAAGGGAUGCCGUUUCCUACAGAGCCGACAAUGAGGGGGAAUCUUCUGAUCAAGUUUAACAUAAAGUUCCCCACUAGUUUGACGCCGGAACAGAAAUCCGGGAUCAAGAAACUGUUGUCUGCAUAGGGCUGAAGAAGUGUGUGUAUCAUCUUGUUCCAUUGCUGCCUGCAUUUUGUCUUUCUUUCUU